UAAUUUUGAUCCUUUUGGAUAGUUUUACUAAAGUUUUGUCCCUUACACUUAUUUUAAUUUUCCAUACGUCUUUUGCCUGAUGGAUAGAAAUAUUUAGCUUGUUUUUGGUAUUGAGGUGUGAAAUGAGUAUCUACAGGUUGGGUUUUACUUUGAUUCCAGAAGAAUGGUCUGUAGAAGAGUUUUGGCUUUUUCACUUAAGUUGAUAGAGGUUCAUGUCAUUGCUUCAUUUCAUCAUUUUGGAAGUUAAGAGAUAAUUAUAAAAUGGAAUUAUAUGAGGCACUGCAGGGCGCAGCCCGAGUGAUACAAUAUUAUGCAUCUGAAUGACGAACAAUCAGUUUAUUCAAGAGCAAAUAGCUAAAUUGAGAUAUAUUAUUUCGAUUCUAACAUGUUACCAAGGAUUUUUAAGUACAUCCUUGACGACAUCCAUCAAAUGUUUGCCUGUUUUCUGUUGGUUUCUUUUCCAGCGCGCCACCAUGCUGUAUAAAGGCUAUGAGGAGCAUGCCCAACCAAGAAUGCCAGUUUAUCAUCCCUCACCAAAUGUGAGCCGUACAGCCAGUCAGCUGACAGAGGAGGAACAAGUCAAAAUUGCUAAGAGACUUGGACUUAUUAGUCACCUUCCAACAGGGAUAUAUGAUGGCACUUCAAAGAAGGGAAAAGAGUGUGUUAUAUGCAUGGGAGACUUUAGUGUUGGUGAACAGUUGCGCAUUUUACCCUGUAUGCAUUCAUACCAUAAAGACUGUAUAGAUGACUGGUUAAUGAGAUCGUUCACCUGUCCAUCGUGUAUGGAACCAGUCGACGCAGCCCUCUUAUCAACUUAUGAAACCAGUUAGUGAUUCAGUGUGCAAUGUGUUGGAAUGUUACGUAAUGCUACAGUUUCAUUGUAGAUGGAGAAGGGCAACAGUUACUUGUUUGGACAAAAGAGAGAAAAUUAAGCUGGUUCACUAAAGAAUUGUAAUCAGUGAUAUUUUUUUUGUUUCAGCUAGGAAUAGUUACCCUUCACUUAGUACUGUAAAUAGCGGCCCUGAAACAAUACCGUAUUGAAUUGUGAGAUGCAGUUGACGCAUUUAUGUCCAAAAUGGUCAUAAUAAAUUAAUUUUUCAUGAAGAGUUUGCGCCAAUUGGAUGAACACAUUGGAAGGUUGUGAUAAGUGUAGCAGUUAGCUCUCCAUGCAUCUUAAAGUUGCCAAAAUUAACAUUUUUUUCAAAAUGGAAAUUUUGUCAAAAAAACUUAAUGUGAAUAUUUGAUGAAAUUUUUUGCUUUUGGAUGACAUUCAGUCAGUUUCCUAUGUAGCAUUUCCU